ACAACUGCAGCACCUACGACAACUGCAGCUCCUGCGACAACUGGAGCACCUACUACGACCACUGCAGCGCCUACUACGACAACUGUAGCUGCCACAACAACUACUUCUGCAGCUCCUACGACAACCUCAACUGCAACACCUUCUACAACUGCAGCUCCUACAACCACUAUGACUGCAGCAACUACUACGACAACCACAACUGCACCUACUGCUACAACCACAACUGCAGAUCCUACUACAACAUUAGUUGUAGUUUCAAGCACUGCAGCAGCUGAACCUGCAACAACUGUAGGUCCUACUACAACAACUGUAGCUCCUACAACAGCUACAACUGCAGCAACUACUACAACUGAAGCUACGACAACAACCACACCUUCCACUACAGCUACAACUGACGGUCCGACAACAACCACACCUACUACGUCAGCUACAACUGAAGCUCCUACGACCACUACAACGACAACUGCAGCUCCUGCGACAACCGGAGCACCUACUACGACAACUGCAGCACCUACUACGACCACUGCAGCGCCUACUACGACAACUGUAGCUCCCACAACAACUACUUCUGCAGCUCCUACGACAACUGCAGCUCCUGCGACAACUGCAGUUCCUACGUCAACUGCAGUUCCUACGACAACUGCAGCUACUACGACAACUGCAGCACCUACUACGACCACUGCAGCGCCUACUACGAUAACUGUAGGUCCCACAACAACUACUACUACGACAACUGCAGCUCCUACGACAACUGGAGCACCUACUACGACAACUGCAGCACCUACUACGAGCACUGCAGCGCCUACUACGACAACUGUAGCUCCCACAACAACUAGUUCUGCAGCUCCUACGACAACUACAGCUCCUGCGACAACUGCAGUUCCUACAACAACUGCAGCACCUACUACGACAACUGCAGCACCUACGACAACUGCAGCACCUACGACAACUGGAGCACCUAUUACGACAACUGCAGCACCUACUACGACCACUGCAGCGCCUACUACGACAACUGUAGCUCCCACAACAACUACUACUACGACAACUGCAGCACCUACGACAACUGCAGCUCCUGCGACAACUGGAGCACCUACUACGACAACUGCAGCACCUACUACGACCACUGCAGCGUCUACUACAACUGCAGCACCUACGACAACUGCAGCUCCUGCGACAACUGGAGCACCUACUACGACAACUGCAGCGCCUACUACGACAACUGUAGCUCCCACAACAACUAGUUCUGCAGCUCCUACGACAACUACAGCUCCUGCGACAACUACAGCUCCUGCGACAACUGCAGUUCCUACAACAACUGCAGCACCUACUACGACAACUGCAGCACCUACGACAACUGCAGCACCUACUACGACAACUGCAGCACCUACUACGACCACUGCAGCGCCUACUACGACAACUGUAGCUCCCACAACAACUACUUCUGCAGCUCCUACGACAACCUCAACUGCAACACCUUCUACAACUGCAGCUCCUACAACCACUAUGACUGCAGCAACUACUACGACAACCACAACUGCACCUACUGCUACAACCACAACUACAACAACCACACCUUCCACGACAGCUACAACUGACGGUCCGACAACAACCACACCUACUACGACAGCUACAACUGAAGCUCCUACGACCAUUACAACGACAACUGCACUCCUACAACCACUAUGA